AAAGAAAAAUCUAAUCCAAAAUAUCCAAUCUACCCCCAAUAUCUCAUGGCCCUCGUCCGUGAACGCCGCCAGCUUAAUCUCCGUCUCCCUUUGCCGGAAACCAACGAGCGCCGCCCUCGCUUCCCCUUACCCCUCCCGCCCACCACCACAUCCUCCUCGUCCUCCUCCUCCUCGUCCACCACCACCAUCACCGCUUCUGACCUCGAAAAACUACAAGUCUUGGGCCACGGCAACGGUGGCACAGUCUACAAAGUCCGCCAUAAACACACCUCAGCUGUGUAUGCAUUGAAAGUUGUUCACGGAGAUAGUGACCCCGCAAUCCGCCGCCAGAUCCUCCGUGAAGUUUCCAUCCUCCGCCGAACAGACUCCCCAUACGUCAUCAAGUGCCACGGCACCUUCGAUAUUCCCGGCGGCGAUAUAGCCAUCUGUAUGCAGUACAUGGACAUGGGCACCCUCGAAACCUUAAUGAAAAAGGGCACCAAAUUCUCCGAGCAUCUUCUUUCCAAGAUUUGCUUCCAGGUUUUAAGCGGGCUUGAAUAUUUGCACGCCCACAAGAUUAUUCACAGAGAUUUAAAGCCUUCUAAUGUAUUAGUAAACAACAAAAUGGAAGUGAAAAUUUCCGAUUUCGGAGUCAGUAAAAUCAUGCACAGGACAUUGGAUCCCUGCAAUUCCUACGUCGGAACUUGCGCUUAUAUGAGCCCAGAAAGGUUCGAUCCGGAUACAUAUGGUGGCAAUUAUAACGGGUACGCCGGCGAUAUAUGGAGCUUGGGAUUGACUCUACUGGAAUUGUACAUGGGACAUUUUCCAUACUUGUCGGAGGGGCAAAGACCCGACUGGGCUACACUCAUGUGCGCCAUAUGCUUCGGCGAACCGCCGAGCUUGCCAGGAAGUGCAUCGGAAAAUUUCAAGAAUUUCAUUGAAUGUUGUUUGCAGAAAGAUUCCAGUCAACGAUGGAGUGCGACGCAGUUGCUAUCACAUCCUUUUGUGCGAGAUAUUGAACUGAAGUAAACAUGAGGAGAGUAAUUUUGAGGAAAAUGGCCAAAAAUUUGCCGGGGUUCCGACGAGGGUAACAGUUUCGGGAACUGUUUGUACAUAAAAAGGGGGGAAUUUUCAAGAAAUUUGGUUCUUUUGUUCCAUCUGUAUAUCCUUUCCUUAAUUUCCUAGAAAUCCGUUCGUUUCAAUAGUAAACUGCUGUAGAAAUUGGGAGACGAUAUCAAUCUAAACUCUUAUCUGAAUUUUAUUUA